UUUUUUUGCCCCCAUUAUUUUCCAGGGGGAGGAGAUUUUUCCGCGAGGAAAGGUUGUUUUCAUGUUUGGGAUCCAGGAAAGCAUCCAACGGAGUGGGAGCAGCAUGAAGGAAGAGCCGCUGGGCAGCGGCAUGAACGCGGUGCGGACGUGGAUGCAGGGCGCCGGGGUGCUGGACGCCAACACGGCGGCGCAGAGCGGGGUGGGUCUGGCCCGGGCGCACUUUGAGAAGCAGCCACCUUCCAAUCUGCGGAAAUCCAACUUCUUCCACUUCGUCCUGGCCCUCUACGACAGACAGGGCCAGCCUGUGGAGAUCGAGAGGACAGCCUUUGUGGGGUUCGUGGAGAAGGAAAAAGAAGCCAACAGCGAAAAAACCAACAACGGGAUCCACUAUCGGCUUCAGCUUCUCUACAGCAACGGGAUCCGAACGGAGCAGGAUUUUUACGUGCGCCUUAUUGACUCCAUGACCAAGCAAGCCAUAGUGUAUGAAGGCCAAGACAAGAAUCCUGAAAUGUGCCGAGUUUUGCUCACACACGAGAUUAUGUGCAGCCGCUGUUGUGACAAGAAAAGCUGUGGCAACCGAAAUGAGACUCCCUCAGAUCCAGUGAUAAUUGACAGGUUCUUUCUGAAGUUCUUCCUCAAAUGUAACCAGAAUUGCCUAAAGAAUGCCGGAAACCCACGGGACAUGCGGAGAUUCCAGGUCGUGGUGUCUACGACAGUCAACGUGGAUGGCCACGUCCUGGCGGUCUCCGACAACAUGUUUGUGCACAAUAACUCCAAGCACGGGCGGAGGGCUCGACGGCUCGAUCCUUCGGAAGGUACGCCCUCUUAUCUGGAACAUGCAGCUACUCCCUGUAUCAAAGCCAUCAGCCCGAGUGAAGGAUGGACGACGGGAGGCGCCACGGUGAUCAUCAUAGGGGACAAUUUCUUUGACGGGCUGCAGGUCAUAUUCGGUACCAUGCUGGUCUGGAGUGAGUUGAUCACCCCACAUGCCAUCCGUGUGCAGACCCCCCCUCGGCACAUCCCUGGCGUGGUGGAAGUCACCUUGUCCUACAAAUCCAAACAGUUCUGCAAGGGAACACCGGGCAGGUUCAUCUACACAGCUCUGAAUGAACCCACCAUUGACUAUGGUUUCCAGAGGUUACAGAAGGUCAUCCCGAGACACCCUGGCGACCCUGAACGUUUGCCAAAGGAAGUGAUCCUGAAGAGGGCAGCAGACUUGGUGGAGGCACUCUACGGGAUGCCCCACAACAACCAGGAGAUUAUUUUGAAGCGAGCGGCCGACAUCGCCGAGGCGCUGUACAGUGUCCCCCGCAACCACAGCCAGCUGCCAGCGCUAACCAACACGUCGGUGCACGCAGGCAUGAUGGGCGUCAACUCCUUCAGUGGGCAGCUGGCUGUUAAUGUCUCCGAGGCAUCACAGGCCACCAACCAGGGUUUCACCCGCAAUUCCAGCAGCGUGUCUCCCCAUGGUUAUGUGCCCAGCACCACGCCCCAGCAGACCAACUAUAGCUCUGUGACCACGAGCAUGAACGGGUACGGCACAGCAGCCAUGUCCAACCUGGGCGGCUCCCCCACCUUCCUCAACGGCUCCGCAGCCAACUCGCCCUAUGCCAUUGUGCCAUCCAGCCCCACCAUGGCCUCCUCCACAAGCCUCCCCUCCAACUGUAGCAGCUCCUCUGGCAUCUUCUCCUUUUCACCAGCCAACAUGGUGUCAGCUGUGAAACAGAAGAGUGCUUUUGCUCCUGUCGUCAGACCCCAGACCUCCCCGCCUCCCACCUGUACCAGCACCAAUGGGAACAGCCUGCAAGCUAUUUCUGGCAUGAUUGUUCCUCCCAUGUGAAAGAAUUGCCUUGAAGAAAAUUUUAUUAAUGAAGAGGUUGGAUUCUGCCACAGAGAGUAAUCUGAUACAAGUCCCCGAGUGGAACUUUUAACUCAGGCCUUUUUAAAGAGGAAUCACAGUAACUGCAGAUUUUUAAAACAAACAAUAUCACCGACCUUGCAAAUCCUGAAAUCGGAAGGGGUCUCCCAGUGCAGAACGUUGGUGAAAGUUGGACCUCCCAAGUUUGGAGGGGGGAAGGGAUAUAUUUAUUCUGUGUUGAUAAAAGCAAAUCUACUUUCUUUUUUUUUUUUAAGCUUAACUCCACAACCAUUUGUCUUUUAUAAACCGUAAAGCUGUAUACAAGGGACACUAUAAAUAAGACUCCGUGUUUUAAUUUAUGAUGUUUUUAAAGCUGUGUAAAGGGAGAAUGAAGUGGUGAUAUUUACAAAAAAGUUAAAAAGGAAAAAAGAAAAAAAGGCAAAAAAAAAAAAAACUUGUAUGGGACAGAAUAGGAAUGCCAGUUAGAUUUUUCUAGAAAACUAAGGGUCGGCUUUUGCGCCUUAAAGCAUUUCAAAUGGUAGUUAGCUCAGACCGUGUAUUUCUAACAUCUAAUGUUACAUGCCACCCCUUAGCAGUGCAAGUUUCUCUCUUGUAUCCCUGUCUUAAAUGGUGAUGUAAGUCAGUGCAGCCUGGCAAGUUCAAAUAACAAAAGUGAUCCCCUUUUCCCCCUCACUCAAAACUCCAGUGCCUCCGAUCCAUGGUUGCAACUGCGGACCUAAUCCUGAGAUCACUCAUGCCAACUUCUUCCGAAACCUCUCUAGCCUGGUAAAUACAUCCUGGCCCAGAGAGAGUCUCCUCUGACAAGGCAGGGGCUGGGUGCAGAACUCCCCAGAAUGCCCUUUAGUGAUCAGGCCAAACCCCACCCACAUGCCAUCAUUCCCAAGUUCAAAGUUUACUCACCCUCAAUGCAGCCCUCACACCACCCUGCCUGAAGCUGACAAGGCAAGAAGCCUUCUCAGUUUCCCCCUGGGAGAGGGCGCCUGUCCUGCUUGACCUUUCCCCUCCUAAGGAAGAGAUUAAAAGGACAGGUUAAGUGCUUUGGAAUUGAGUGUAAAAGGAAACAGGGAGAAAGGCGAAGAAGGUUGAGACCUCCAAAAUAAACUUUUCUGUUUUAUGGGAAUUUUUGCCCUCAUUUUCUGGGAAGUGUUCUUAAAAAGAAGAAUAGCAAAGAUGCAGCAAAGCUCUGAGGAUGCAUUUGCCUGAUAUUUUUUCUUUGCUGUUGUGUUUUUGUAUGUAGUUAUAAAUACUGUAGAUUUUUUUGUGAUUUUUUUUUGCCAAAGUUGUUGUUCUAUUUAUACAUUUUAUGUCUUAAAACGGUUUUUCGAUAUCACAAAAAAGAUUUUACUGCAUUUUUUGCGAAGGAUAAAAGAGCUCACUACCUUUAGCUUGCACAUACUUGCAAAGUUAAAUAAAAAGGCUUUUUGUUUUAAAGAGGAUUUUGUAAAAUAUCCAUAUAAAUAAUGUAUUUAUCUUUGGAAUUUGUACAUUGCUUCCUCCUUCUUCCUUUUCCUCCACCCCAGUUUAUUUUAUUGUGUAUGACUGCUAUGUGAAAGUACGGAUUUGUUUGUCCACCUACAGUUGUAUUAGCUGUUUCAAUGUGAUUUUUAAACAUUUCAUUUAGAGUUAUUUUAAGUAUUGUUUUAAACCAUGCUUCAAUUUUUUUAAUUUCCACCCAAAAGCCAUCGUCUAUUUUUGUAUUAUUUGUAAGUUAAGGAGUUUUUUCCAAUAUAUGGCAAAAAAAAAAAAUAGUAGCAUAUUAUUCUUGUAGCAUUUAGUUCUGUAGAUUAAAAAAAUGUAUCCUUUGCUUUGAAAGCUUACAAAAAAAAAAACCCUUAUGCUGUUUUACUCUAAUAAUAUGCAUGGAAUCUCUCCCUUUGGAGUGACGCAUUUUGUGCAUUAAAUUUCGGGGGAGAAACUUCAUAGAAAUCAGUGAACAUACUUUCUUUCUUAAGUCUGCUUGUAUAUUUCCUCUGUCUUUCACAUAAAUAUAAACCAGCAGAUUGGAUGCCUUAACAAUGCAAAUCAUAUUCAUUUCACUUGUACAUGUAACUGUGCACCAGAACUGUCAGUCAUCACUAACAUUCUAAGAAAAAAAGAAAAGAAAAAAAAAAAAACAAAGAAAUCGAAAAGCACAAAAGAACUGUUUUGUUACCUUAAGACAAUGUUAACUUUUUCUAGUAGAGCAAGGAAUUUACAAUGCUGCACUGUGCAUGCCCCCAUAUGGAUUUUGCAAUGGUUUUCACUAGACUGUCAAGAGUGCGGAUUUUUAUGGGUUGGGGCGGGAGGGGGAGGGCUGUAGGGAGGGAAAGGCAGGGAGGAAAGAGGAUUUUUCAUGGUGAGAAAUAAUACUGAUGAUUAAUAAUAAUACAAUAAAAACUGGAACAUGUAAGCAAGGUGGACGCAUUGCUUCUCGGUACUCAGAAAGAUUGUCUGAAUCGGUGCGGAGACACUGGCCUGAAGAUGUGUAUCAUUAUAAUUUAAAGCCAUAUUUUGUCGUGAGCCCCUUAACAGUUGUUGGUGAAGGAAUGGUCAGCCAGGAGGGGUCCGGCUCAGACCAGGACAGCAAAAGACACUCAACUGUCAGCCAUGUGUAGUGGUUCGAACUUUUCUCGGAAGCCCAAAGAGCCUUUAAAAUGUGUAUGAUUUCUGUUUUGUUGCUUCUAUUUAUAUUAAUUAGAUUAAAAAAGACACUCUGACCAGCCUCUUCUACACAAAAUCCUGACAUAUCAAAAGAUGUUCCCCUAAAUGCAGAAUAUGGCUUUAAGAAAAAUAGAGAAAGAGAAAACUAAAUUGAGAUGUUAGGUUUGGGGGAAAAUACAGCUUCUGGAUGACUGGAUUUCGCAGCAAACCCUGGCCUCACGGUUGUACUAGGAUGCAGCUUGAAGUCAUCUCUAAAUCUACUAACCUUUCACCUUCUUAUCAAACGUUUUUGAAUAGACACACACUGUACAGUUCAAUUGUUAGAGAACCUAACUACUGUAGAGAUUGUUAUAAUUUUUUUUUUGCAAAAAUUCAAGCUGUAAAAACUUUUCAACUUUCACAAUAUUUAAUUAAAGUUACUUCCUGUCUGUGAUGGCA